AUGCUUUACGUUGUCAGGAGCUCAUGGUCAAAUCUAAUGUUAUAAAUGAUUACAGAGAGAUAGCCUCAAUCGCUUAUAUAUCAUUAUUCGACUCACAUUAUUAUGCUAUAGGAACAAAAGUAUCUAAUCUCUUAGGCGCUGAAGCUUGGACGCAGGGAAUUCUAUAUAUCACGAAAAUUUUCAAUCAAAAAAUAUCUGGGAAGUUUUCAGGGGCGUAUGUGUUUCCGCCAGAGAAAGUUCUUGAAAAUAAACAUCCUGACACAGGUUUAGACUUUGCUUCCUUAUACCCUAGUAUAAUCAUGACCUACAAUCUCUUACCUGAGAAGAUAGUCUCAACACUUUUGAAAGCAGAUAAACUAAAGAGAGAGAAUAAAGUGAUUCACAGUAUCGAGUUCAAGUAUUGCAGUCCAGCUAAAACCUCUUGGAAAGAAAAGGAAUGUAUGGGAUUAGUUAAAAGUAGAAUGAAUGCCAGCGGAUCUAUCUUAAUAGCAAGUGUAAUUGAAGAUGUUUGUUCGCAAAGCGAACCUAAGAAGCAUACUAAAAUAACUAACAUCCUAAAUCCUUUUAUUAGUUCAUCAUAUGAUGAUUUUAAAAAAGAAUAUGAUUCCAUCUGCUUCAAUUAUAAUUUUCUAAAUUCGAAGCAAAAAGCCAUUAAAUUGUAUAUGAAUUCAUUCUAUGGUGUAACUGGCCAAAAGUUCGUAAAAAAGAAAGGUUUUGGGAUAAAAUAUGGUGAUACCAAUUCCCUAUAUUUCACUUACCCAGAUUCCUAUUAUGAGAAAUGUGAUCUAUCUUACGAUAUUGAAAAAGGUGUAAUCUCAAAACAAGAGUACUGGACCAAAAUGGUCAAAAUAACUAUGGGAAUAAUGGAAAAAUUACGCAAUAAAUAUUUUGGCAUCCCCCAUGAAGAUAUCCCAAACUUCAAACCUGAAGAGUUUUUUAUAAGAGGAAUCGACACUAUAAAACAGGGUAAAUUCCAAGUUUUCAAAACCAUAGGGAAUCAGAUUAUGUGGGGAACCAUGGAUAUUAACAAUGACCCAUCACUCCAUGAUAUUGCUAAAGAUGUUCUCAGAGAUGCUUUAGUUAAUAUUAAGCAAUGGAAUUUUGAACAGUUUAUAGAGACCGACGCAUGGAAUCCUGAUAAAGACAAUAAAGCUAUUCAGCAAUUUAUAGAACGAAUGAGGAAAGAAUAUGAGAGUAAAAUUCUGACGUCAGGCAAAAGAAUAGAAUUCGUUGAUGUGGCGAAGAAAUUAGAUAAGGAGCUAGAUUUAUAUCAUUAUUUUGAAAAAACUAUUAUUGGCCUCUGUGAUCCAGAUAAGAAAUAUAAACAAAUAGAUGAUUAUGUACAAAAGAAGGUCAAAUCAUGGCUUGAGGGUUUCAUGAAAAAGAAUAUCAUAGUUAAUGGUAUUACUUCUAAGAUGAUGGGAUCCUGUAGGAUUGUUUAUAAGCGUGCUUACAGAAAUGCGGUUAAAAAAACGCAAGAAAUGUUAUAUCAAAAGAUAAGCAGUUUAUACGAAAUAAUCCAUGAUAAAAAACUCUCAGUAGAUGACAACAUGAAGGAAAAAAUAUGCUCUGAUUUUGCUCAAUAUCCUAGUGAGCUUGUAAAAUGUAUUGAAGAGUAUAAUUUAUUCUUUCACAAAUUAGUCUAUCAUAUGCGUUACAAAGAGUAUGUAUCAAUUCCAGAAGAAAUCAGCCCAGUUUCAUCCAUGCGAAAAAAUGAGAUAAUUGCUAACCUACAGCUUUACCUCACAUAUCAAAAAUUGAGACGCUAG